AUGGAGAAACAGAAUCAAACUUCAAAUGAUUUUAUUUUGUUGGGACUUUUCCCCAAAAAUCAAACAGGACUGCUACUCUUGUUCUUUAUCAUCCUUGUAUUCUUUCUGGCCUCACUGGGUAACUCAACCAUGAUUCACCUCAUCCGCGUGGAUCCUCAUCUCCACACACCCAUGUAUUUUCUCCUAAGCCAGCUGUCCCUCAUGGACCUGAUGUACAUCUCUACAACUAUCCCAAAGAUGGUGCUCAACUUCCUCUCUGGCCAGAAUGGCAUCUCUUUCCUAGGAUGUGGGGUACAAAGUUUCUUCUUCUUGACAAUGGCCUGUUCUGAAGGCUUACUCUUAGCCUCCAUGGCCUAUGAUCGUUAUGUGGCCAUCUGUCACCCUCUCCAUUAUCCCAACCGUAUGAGUAGAAGGAUGUGUGUCCAGAUGAUCACAGGAUCUUGGAUCUUGGGAUCCAUCAAUUCCUUGGCACACACAGUCUAUGCCCUUCAUAUUCCUUACUGCCAGUCCAGGGCCAUUGAUCAUUUCUUUUGUGAUGUCCCAGCCAUGUUGCCUCUUGCAUGUAUAGACACCUGGAUCUAUGAGUACAUGGUUUUUGUGAGCACUAGCCUCUUUCUCCUCCUUCCUUUCCUUGGCAUCACUGCUUCCUAUGGGAGAGUAGUUUUGGCUGUUUUCCAUAUGCGCGCCAAAGAAGGAAGAAAAAAGGCCUUCACCACCUGUUCGACACAUUUAACUGUAGUUACCUUCUACUAUGCACCAUUUGUUUAUACAUAUCUUCGGCCUAGGAAUCUCCGCUCACCAGCAGAAGAUAAAAUUUUGGCUGUUUUUUACACUAUCCUCACUCCCAUGCUUAAUCCAAUUAUCUAUAGCCUGAGAAAUAAAGAAGUCCUGGGGGCCAUGAAAAGAGUGUUUGGAACAUUCUCUUCCAAGAAAGAAUAG